GACGCCUUCCCGUCCCUGAACCCGUCCUUAAAUACGACCACGGACCGCCUCCCCUCUUCCAGAUCAACCAAUCGAAGAACAAGCUUUGAUUUGAUUUGAUUAGCUGCGGCGCGAAUUCGAUCUUGCCAGCUCGAGCUAAGCUAGCUAAGCUGCCCAUGGCGCCGGCAAUGUUCGUCGGAAUCGCCGCCGCCGGAGGGAAGAAGGGAGGGGCGAAGGAUGAGGCGGAGGAGCUGCGGCGGCGGAACGCGGAGCUGGAGAGGGAGGUGGCGGCGCUGCGGGCGGAGGUGGCGGCGGCGCGGCGGCGCGCGGAGACGGCGGAGGAGGCCGAGGAGCGGCUGUGCGUGCAGCUGGGCGAGGCGGAGGUGGAGGCGGUGGAGCUCGCGCGGGAGUACCAGUGCCGCGUCCACGACCUCGCCCGCGAGCUCGCCGCCGCCAGACUGCUCGUCUCAUCCCCAUCGCCAUGAGAAGAGAACAAGCUAGCUAGAUUGUUGCUUGAUUCUUGGUGUUAAUGAUUUUCUCUUGCGGAGACAUUGAAAUGUCGCUUGUAGUUUAGAGCAGUAAUUAAGAAGAUCUGUGUAGAAUUUAUCCUUUUGAAAAGAGAGAGAGAGAGAUCUGUGUAGAAUUGAGGUGGAUUUUGGAUUACUCCUGUCUAGUGCGCUGUAAUCCUUGAUCGAAUUUGUAACAUCGCUGUUCACCUAAUUAUAUGUGUGUUUGACUUUUGAUUUUUUU